AUGGCGAUCCGUGCACAGUCGCUCGGCGUUUUCUGCCUCUUCGCUGUACAAACUGUACUUAUCAUAUGCGUUUCCACGCCGACAGCCGGGACCCACCACUUCCCACAGCACUACACGAUGAUUCACUGGGCUGGACGCAUUGAGAAGGAGCUGGAAAAGGUUCUUCAGCACGUUACUGGAGCUCAGCAGAUGAGAUCGAUUUAUAAUGAGAAGAAGAGCCAGUUUGAAAUCAAGAGAAACAACCCCAAGGAUCUGGUGGACAGAGUGGCACGGGAAAUCUCCAGGCUGCUAAACAGUAAGAGUAAAGCCUUAGAGAAACUGGUCCGAGAGGCUGAGCAGCUUCAGAAGGAGCACGUGUGGCAAGACGGCGUGACGGAAAAUGCCAUUUCAUACUACGAUUCCAAAGCGGAUUCAGACUAUCAGACAGAGGAUGGAGAGGAGGAAACUCCACUGGAAAGCUCAUCCUCCUUGGAGCUGGAGUUUGUCGACGAUCCCAAUUUUAAAAACAAGGUCAACUACUCCUCCAGUGCCGUCCAGAUUCCCACAGACAUAUACAAAGGCUCCCCAGUUAUCCUAAAUGAGCUCAACUGGACACAAGCUCUGGAGCGAGUCUUCAUUGAAAACCGGCGAGAGGACAGCUCUCUGCGCUGGCAGGUGUUUGGAAGUGCCACCGGGGUGACACGAUACUACCCAGCCACUCCUUGGAGGGCGCCCAAUAAGAUUGAUCUGUAUGACGUUCGCAGAAGACCAUGGUAUAUCCAAGGUGCAUCGUCUCCAAAGGACAUGGUCAUCAUUGUAGAUGUGAGCGGCAGUGUCAGCGGACUUACUCUGAAGCUCAUGAAAACCUCUGUCAUGGAGAUGCUUGACACACUAUCAGAUGAUGACUAUGUCAACGUAGCAAAGUUUAACGAAAAGGCAGAGGCUGUUGUCCCGUGUUUCAGGACUUUGGUCCAAGCCAACGUUCGCAACAAGAAGAUCUUCAAGGAAGCUGUCAUGCAUAUGCAGGCCAAAGGAACCACAGAUUACAAAUCUGGCUUUACGUUUGCCUUUGAGCAGCUUCUCAAUGAGAGCAGUGCCCCGAGGGCCAACUGCAAUAAGAUGAUAAUGAUGUUUACAGAUGGAGGUGAAGAUCGUGCUCAGGAAAUCUUUGAGAAGUAUAACUGGCCCAACAAAACUGUUCGAGUUUUUACUUUCUCUGUUGGACAGCAUAACUAUGAUGUCACCCCUUUGCAGUGGAUAGCGUGUGCUAAUAAAGGUUACUACUUUGAAAUACCAUCAAUUGGAGCAAUCAGAAUCAACACACAGGAGUACCUGGAUGUCCUGGGACGUCCCAUGGUGCUCGCUGGGCCUAAAGCUAAACAAGUACAGUGGACGAAUGUCUACCAAGAUGCUCUGGGUUUGGGGCUUGUCAUCACUGGAACAAUGCCAGUUUUCAACCUGACUGCAGAUAGCGCCAGCUCUCAGAAUCAACUCAUUCUUGGAGUUAUGGGAGUUGAUGUUGCAAUCAAUGAAAUCAAGAAGAAGACUCCAACUUAUAGACUUGGGGCCAAUGGCUAUACGUUUGCUACCGACCCAAAUGGUUACGUGCUGCUGCAUCCUAACCUACGACCCAAGAUCAUUAACUUCAGGGAGCCUGUCACUCUAGACUUUCUAGAUGCAGAACUGGAAGAUAACAACAAGGAGGAGAUCCGUCGAGACAUGAUUGAUGGUAAAUCGGGGCAAAGAAAAAUCAAGACUCUCAUUAAAUCAGUUGAUGAGAGGUAUAUCGACGAGGCCAUACGAACAUACACCUGGACACCUGUUGAUGGUACAGACUACAGUCUAGGGUUGGUACUGCCCACAUAUAGUGAGAACCAUAUCAAGGCCAACCUAAGUGACCAGAUACUUCAGGUGCAGUGGCUAAACUCCAAGGAUUUUGAAUCUCUGCUGCCAAACAGUUUUGAGUCUGAAGGACAUGUAUUCAUUGCUCCCAGGGAGUACUGCAAUGAUCUUGAACUGUCCAACAACAACACAGAGUUCCUUCUCAACUUCAUCGCUCUAAUGGAGAAGGUGACGCCAGACUCCAAACAAUGUGAAAGUUUGCUUCUUCACAAUCUGAUUUUGGAUACUGGCAUCAUCCGGCAGCUGGUUGAUAAAGUGUGGAAGAAUAAAGAUUUGAAUACAUAUGGCUUCCUGGCUGUGUUUGCUGCAACAGAUGGAGGAAUAACACGAGUCUUUCCAAACAAAGCUGCAGAAACCUGGGAGGAAGACCCAGAGCCAUUUAAUGCUAGCUAUUACCGCCGCAGCCUUGACAACAAGGGUUACAUCUUCACAGCGCCUUAUCGAUCAGCCGGGGCCGAUCUGUUGAACCCAGAAAACGACACAGUGGGAAUCCUGGUCAGCACGGCUCUGGAUAUUACAAUAGGCGGGAAGACAGUCAAACCUGCAGUUCUUGGAGUAAAGUUGGAUCUUGAAGCCUGGACCGAUAAAUUCAAGAUUCUUGCCAGCAACCAUACAGACAGUCGUCAAGGUUCAAAUACGUGUGGACCAUACAGGGGCUGUGAGAUGGACUGCGAAGCUAAUAGUGAUGAUCUCCUGUGCUAUUUAAUUGAUGAUGGUGGUUUCCUUAUUAUGUCAAAUCAGAAGGAUGAUUGGAGCGAGGUGGGCAAAUUUCUUGGUGUGGUUGACCCAAACUUGAUGUACGCCCUCUACAACAACUCCUUCUACAAACGCAAGCAGUCAUAUGAUUAUCAGUCUGUGUGUGAACGAGUACAAAACAGUGAAGCUGGAGCUGCACGGAGAGGAGUGUUUGUGCCCACGAUUGCAGAUUUUGUCAACGUGGCAUGGUGGACGUCAGCUGCUGCAUGGUCCUUGUUCCAACAGCUUAUAUAUGGUUUGGCUUAUCAUAGCUGGUUUGUCAUAGACGAGGCAGAUGCAGAAGGAAUAGAGUCAAAAGAGAGGAGUUGUGUGAUGAUCCAAACCCAGUACUACUUCAGUAACCUCAGCAGCUCAUACAACAUCCUCCAAGACUGUGGCAACUGUUCCAGGCUGAUUCAUGCCAAGAGGAUAAACAAUACCAACUUGCUGUUUGUGGUAGCAGAAAAGCUGCCAUGCAGCACCUGCGAGAUAGAAGAUCUUUCCCAGGACAAGGAGGAAUUCAAGGAGGAAAAUCCCUGUGAAGAAAUGACGGCAGCACGGUAUCGAAAAGGACCUGUCAAAUGCUUCGACAACAACGUAGCUGAGAACACAUCAGACUGUGGAAGAGGUCACUCCUUGGGUCCUCCUCUCUACACACUACUGCUCAUUCAGCUGCUCCUGCUUUAUCAAGCUCUCAGCCCCCACAAUCACUCUCUCUUACAUUAACUUCAUUUUACUGCAGCUCUAUUCACCCCCCCCUCCCCUCCCCCUUCCUUAAAAAUCACUUGAUUCCUCCCAACUCUUCUUCUACUUACCUGCACCCUGCUUUUGUUUUAGUUAUAGUUAAUUAUGGGACUUCCUUUCACAGUUAGCUGGAAACCCCAAGUGCAGCGCCACCCAGUUUAGACGCUGGAUGUUUUUGUCCUCAGCCCACUUAUAAUCUGCAUCUGCAAGCCAAGCUGCUGGCACAAGACCAUGGAGGCACCCCAGAAUAGAGAAAAAUAAAUCCCUGUCUAAUCCAAAUACUACCAUCAUCUAGAUAAGGGCGAGAUCCUGACAGACUGCCCUCCCAGGGCCGGACUUCUUCUUCGCCUUCAUCUCAAAGUCUCACCAUCUGCCUCUCGUAAGGCUGUGGACCCUCCAGCCAGCUGUACCACAAUAGAUAAGACAAAAAAAAAAAAAAAAGUCAAUAAGUAUUCACAAUGUCAAAUAUUACCUGCUGAAGUGAUGAGUAUUCCAAACAUGCUGUAUGCUUAGGAUUUUCAUUUGAAAAGGAAGCUAAGUGUUAACCUAAAAUGCGCUAUAUCUAUUUGCCAAAAUGAGAUAUCCUUUCCUGUGGUCUUAUUUUUGUAGCCAAAAACACAAAGAGGAAACUGAAUUUAGAUCCACAGCAGCUGAAUUAUGAUUCAUUUUGUGCAGCUCUAAUUAACAGAGUGGCUUAAAAAAUGGAUGAAAAAGGAUGUCAGAUAAGGAGUGUGAUUGUCUCUAGAAAAUGUAAUACCAAAUUUUUCUUGAAGUGUUUUUAUGAUGGUUUAUCAGUGCUUUGUGAAUUCUGGCUCGUAAGCCCUAAGCUGUAAAAUCUGGAUCAGCGUUCGGUUGCUACAAGAACAUUGUUGAUGUUGUGUGGUAUUACUCUCUUUUAUGAUCAAUCGAACCAUUCUGACCUCGAAAAAAAUAGUUAUAAAAAAAAAAAAACUCACCUCUUACAGUAGAAGUACUUCAUCAAUUCUCCGAAUCACAAUUGUUGUGUGUAUGUGGUUUACUCGUGUCAAAUUCCAAGCCUUUCUUUCGGAGGGGUCUGUCAUGUUUAAUUUACCUUUGACUGACACUGUUCAAUCUUUAAAAACCAUCCACUGCUGAGGGUUAGGGGCUAAUUGUUAUUUUCCACCAGUAGUUUAGAAGGGGCCACUAAAUUUGGUGAUCACGUACAGUAGUAGUCACUUAUCCUCUAACCAUUGCAAUGUAUGGGUUUUAUUUUAUAAUGACUCCUAUUAUUUGAGGCUCCUGUGUUUAGGAGCCACUCUGUUUCAUAGUGCCUUUAUGCACUUUGUUUUGGCUGUAUAAGUGUGAAGCUACUGUAUAGUACCUUUAAAAGCAGCCAUGUUUGAGGCUUUGGAUGCUAAGGAGGACUGAAUCUGUUGAGUGACGCUGUAGAACUAGCUUUACACUGAGCCCUCAAUCUGAUCGGCUCCCCUUGAUGUCCUUCCCCCUCCAGAGCCUCCCUUCUGCCGUCACACGGGGAUUACUAUACGGUUCCUUUACCAUACCAUGUAUAGAGCUAUGAUACACUAUCGAUAUACAGAAACUUAACCGGCCAUAGUGUGUUCUUAGGGCCACCUGACCGCUAUCGUUCUGCCUGGUUUGUGUGUGUUUGUGUGUGUGCGUGUGUGCGUUUGUGUAAAAAGCCCUCACAAGGAUCAUUGGUCAAAUGAGCGUAAUUUGGGGUGGGGGUACCAGGGGUGAUAUUUGAGCUAGCACGGCUGUUUCGUUACCGUUUCUGUGUUGCAGCAGACAAGAUCCAGUGUUGUGAUGGAGAAAUAUACUAAAAGAUAGACCUAUAAAGUUCAGGUCAUGAGUUUAAGUGUCGUCACAAUGGGUUUUUAUUGUCAUAUUGAAUUUGGCAUUAUACAGUUACAUCGUUACACAGCAUACAACCUCAGUGGUGUUGGAGAUGCUGGAAUUCACUGCUGAUCAUCACUUGCUCACACAUGGUCUACGUUGGAACAUCCUAUCUCAAAUUUGGUUUGAAGUUGAUCUGGCAUAAUUCUCCCUAGAUAUGGACUACUCUCUCUUUGGAAAAGUUGGUGAGAUUAUUUAAAUUGGUUUGUUUUCUUCCAAGAACUUGGCUUCCUCACUGUCCUCAGUUUUAGGGGCCCUAUUAAGAAUGCUUAAAGGUAUAGUGGAGGAUUUUCAUGAAUUUUUAAAAAGCCCGCCCUCUCCACUUUUAAAAAAGAAAAUGCACAUGCACAACCCUUUACCCGCUUCUAAGAGGGAACGCCUGUUAAAUGUGUGCGAGAGCGUGCACAAGCCCAUUUCUCCUCGUGUACGCUCUGUUAGAAAAUUUUGCUGAUUGCGUCGCUCAUACAAGCUUACUUUCCAAAAGAAGAUUUGCAAUUUUUCCACUAUGUCAGACAGUAAAAAAGGGGACAAUCAUGUAGAACGGCCUUAUGUAAACAUAUCACCAGAAUGAUUGACAAUUAGGGGGACCACUUAUUUAGAUGAUCCACUAUACCUUUAAUACAACUCUUCAAAAAAAACUUUUGAUGGUGUUUGGGAUCAAGGUCCAAGUUUCAACCUUUUUACCAGACCAAGACCAUAUAAUCUCAGUUGUCACUGAAAUAGCAAAAGUCUGACUACUAGCUGGGAGGAAAAUGUUGGCUGGUUGAGAUUUAUACCAUCAUUGAAUAUUCAACUAGAACAUCACAAUGUCAUGUUUCCCUAGUUCUCUGCGAUUCUACCUGCCAAACGUGUCAUCGUUAAAAGAAAAUGGCUACUUCUUUCAAGAAAAACACUGGAAACACCAAAGCUUAAGCCUAUCAUAUACUUGAAGAUGCUACACCAAUGCUGCUUGCUCACAGCAUAGCAAAUUUUACAUCAGCAUGGACUGAAAGCAUACCAACCUCCAAAACUGACCCAUUCAAAUGUCUUUGGAGGGGAAACCUAUUCUGUGUUAGACAAGACAAAGAUUGAAUUAAUGGCAUCAAGAACAAGAAUAAUUUUAAGGAGUCAAGGCAAUUCUUUCAAAACUAAGAACAUUGUACCUACUGUCAAGCAAUAGUAGUGGAUGUACCAUGCUGAGCAGCUGUGUUUUGCUGCAGUGAGGAAGGGGGAUUAUCAUUACAUUGUUUACCAUCAGCAAAGAUCAACAGCUAGAUGGCUGACUCUUGGACAAGUUGGAUGUUCCAACAGGAAGAUGAUCCCAAACACACAUCAGAAUACUUUGGACAAAGCAGCCUAAGAAAAAGUUUCUGAUCCAUGCCUUUUAAAAAAUGUGCGGUCUAUGCUAACCAUUUCCCUCAGAACUAGAAAAUCAGAAUGAUUUUAUCUAUGAAUUAAAAGCAUAUUUCCUUCUGGAAGGUUGGGAAUUCUAACUUUGGAGUACAAACUAAUUGCAGUCUAAGAUCUUGGUCUAAGUCAGAAAACUGCCAUGAUCCAUAUCUGUUUAGUGUUUCCAUUCAUUUCAAACCCCAGUUUACCGUGUUGCUCUGUCUCUUCCCAUUUUUAUUUAAAUUGCUGUGUCCUUUUUCCGAGUUCUUCCUUUAAGUUUGAUUAUUCAGUGCUACAGCCCUGUUCCAGUCUUCGCAUCGGUUCGUCUUUAAUUACACAUUAUAUAAAAAGGAAACAAACAGUUGACAACAAAAUUAUACCGAUUCUGUAAAGAGAAAGGGUCUAAUAUCCAACUGGGAUUAUGUCAGGACUUUGGCUGUGUGAAAAUGUCCGCCCUAACCACUAUUUAGGGCACUAUAUAGUGGCUACGCCAUUUUAAAUUACUGUCCGAACAUCUAGUGGAUGAAAAAGUAGUGGACUCAAAUUUUCCCACAAUGCAUUGAAAAUUAGUAAUCAUCCAUGAUCACUAGACGAGCAAAUAUAUCCCAGAAUGAGAGCUCUCCUCGCAAAGCCUUAUGGGAUUUGCAGUCACAGCCUGCUGUUGCAGCCUGACUGUGGCAACUAAUAACAAAGAUGGCACAGAGACCGUGCAGAGUUACGUGACCAAUGGGGAGUGAAAAGUAGUGAUCAUCUGACUGAACAAACAGUUAAGUUAGUUCACUAUAAAGUCCUCUAUAUAGUCCCCGCUCUAUAUAGAGUUUGAGAGAUUGAGGGGUUAGGCCAGAUGUUUAGACACAGCCUUUGUUUAUACAGUAAUAUAGAGGUAACUUACUAAGGGAUGUUUUGUCCAUGUGUGUUAUAGGGGGAUAUCAACAUGAAUUCAGACUUGGAAUCAUGGAAAAUGUUUAGGAAACGAGAGUAAAAACACUGACUUUAUAUUAAUUUAAUUAGAUCCAUGCAGACGAUUCCUAUGUAAACCCUUGACCAGAACUGUAGGUGUUACUCUAUUUAAAUGUUGAUAUAGAGGAAGAGAGGAAUGUGUAGUUUAUUAGUGUUUUAUGUCUGAAUGCAAAAGAGUUAUCAAAGCCUCUUUAAAUGCCUUAGUGUUUCUCAGUGAGGAGCUUUCAUUCCCCCACUUAAACCCUGUCUCUAAAAUACUCCCCCUUCAGACUUUUCUUAGUGUCAUGUAUUAAGGUUCACUGGGGUCUGAUUUUUUCCUAGUUUUUCUCUCCUGAUGAAUUGUUGAUUGAUGCAUGUUUGCGUUAAAAAUGCUCAAACGCCAGUGGGAGGGUCCCCAUUUUAAAAGCUCCUGACCUUGGAUGUUGACGCCCACUCAGAUCUCGCUUUACUGCUCAGGUGAGAAUGAGUCACACAACAGUUUGAACCUUAACCGCACACUCUGUACAGUCUUCAUACAGUUUAAUGUGGCAAAUCAUGCUGGCACAGUAACUGCAGCUGAGCUCCUAGUAAACCUGAGAAAACAUGAAAAAGAGAGACUGUUAAUGGAGCUUCAUUUAAAGAGUAUUUAUUAAUUUGGCCUUUUUGGCCUGAUGCAGUCGUACUUUUCUGGCAUUUGUUUGUCUCUGUCCUGUGCCAUUAAUUCUGUCUGUAACUUCCUAUUUCCACCGUCUGUAAAUGAAAGCUAAACACGUGCCUGUGGAAAUGUACCCCCUGCUACGACCUCUCUUUCCCUGGAACCAUACGCUAAAUAUGAAAACCUACACUUUGUGCACCUGCACUGAGACGUUUUGCACACGUAAACCUGUAAGAAGACAUAAUGACACUAUUUGUGCCCAGUUGGAAGGUGAUGAAUAGGUGGGAGGAUGAAAGGCAGAGAGGUUUAAUCCAUAGGUGUUUUCUGCAGGGUUCCUACACUUUUAAACACUUGCUAUACUUUUCAGAGUUUUCAGAUAUCCGGAUUUUUCUGACCGUUUUGGGAAGAACACCUUAACUCAAAUUUACCAAAUCAUCAAACAUCAUAAUACUGAAUUCCCAUUCAUUGGUAGAGUGAAAGCAUUUUUUAUUGCUAAUAUUUGCACCAGGUUAUCCUGCACUAGUCCAAUUCCUGUAGAGCAACAAAUUCUGAUUCUCUGCAACUCAGAAAUAAAAAUCAUCAAUGAGACUUGGACAAAGACCCAGGUUGACAUGAUGCAUAUCAAAUAUGUAAUAGGGGAAAUAAAUAUUAAAUCUCCUUUGCUUUAGUAAAUGUGUAGUUCUAAAUGAACUAUAAGCAUGAAGUACUCACCAAAUAGCAACAAGAACCCAAGCAAUCCAUACAAAAAACUUUUAAUUAAUAACAAACGCUUUUGCUUUUAUGGCAAUAAUAGCAGUUGUCAAUGCUUGGGUGUGAUUCUGAGCCAGACUUCAUACAAAAUGGCUCCAGGUCCAAAAGGAUCUGCAGCUCUCUUCUAUGCCCUCCUGAUCUUCAGUUCAUUUUGUCAUAUUUCUGUUUAAUUCAGAUCAGGUGAAGCCAUGAUAAGUGCUUUAUUUCUUUUCAUGAUUAUAGACUAAUCCCGUGUUUCCAUUAAGGCAUAUGGCAUCAUCAUCUUUUUGAACAUUUCUGCAUCAAUUUAUGAAAUUUAUCUUCAGAUAUAAAUUUCUCCAUUCAUACUUCCUUUAUUUAUAUGAAUUCACUCCCAUGCCACAAUUUCAUACUCUUCAAACUUCACUGUUGAUUUGGUGAUUUUAGGCUGAUGUGUUCAGAGGGUGAACUUCAGUCUUAACAUCCAGAAUUUUAUUAAUAUUUCCAAUUCCUAAGUAAGUCUUACACAAGCGUCAUCAUAUCCCCUCUUCAGCAGUGGAUUAUUGUCCAUGGAGCAUACAGUAAAUGAAGACAAUUACUUUUUAGAGCAUUACUGUUCUUUAAAGUCACCAAUACCCCCACUAUUCUGGGACCACUGCCCACCAUUAGUCAGUUCUUGUGUAAAAUAAUGGUAAUGCAAAAAUUCAAUUGAGUGACUUAAAUUUGCAAUUUCUAAAUCUGUCUCUAUUUGUGUGGACUGCUUGAUUUCUUACUGACAUUCGGUGCAUUCUUCAUGGCAAAAGCACCUUUAAUAACCAUGAACCAUAAAAUCAUUGUGUUUAGUCGUAAAAUGAUUGACGUGUUAAGAACAUUUAAGUUGUCGUAAAGGACAGUUUGAAUAUAAAUUCUACUUUUUCAGAAAUUCAGUUUUAAUGCAAUAAGGAACUUUGAAAAUUUGGCAUUUCCCUUAGUUUAUUUUCUAAUUGCCAAUGUUUGGAAAAUUUUUGAACUAAUUUGCAAUAUUUUGCUGCUGUUUGCAGCACUGUGUAGGAACCCUGUGUCUGUGAGUGGGUGGGAUGUCAGGAGUGAGCUCAGGAGGCGGGUCUCCACAGAGCAGCACGGGCCUGUUAAAUCCUACAGCCCCAUCUUUGCGUGCAUCUUGACGGAACACACAAAUCUGAUUUCUCUGGUUUGACAGAUUUUCUUUUGCCAAAAACAAAAAAAAAUAAAUAAGACAAAUAAAAAAAAUCUAACUGGACCAGCUUGGGGAUGAGAGGGAGGGAUCAGCUUUCAGACAUCAAGAGAUGUUUUCAUAAAGAGCGUUCCCCCCCGCGACCCUCGCUGCCCCUGUGUUGGUGCAUCUCUGUAGGAAAGACGUGCGUAUGUGUUUGUAGUCUGUAGUCUGGUGCUAUGUGACCAUGUUUGACAAAGAGUGUGAAAAAAACAGCAACAUAUAGAGAAAAAAAAAAGUUAAAUCAGUCAAAGUUAAAGUGAAGUUUAAGAAAUAUAUAUAGGAAAACAGCACUGCUGAUAAGUUUGAGAUCUGAUGUCCAAAUGGUUUUAUUAUUUUUCUGUUCUUUUUUCUUUUACUUAUUGUAUGUUUGGGUGAGUGUGAAUGUGCGCGUGGAAAGUUUAGCUCCUCCUUUUUUUGGGCAAUGGUCCAUGUCGCUCCAUUCUUUUGUACAGAUGAAGCUUAAAAAAAAAAAAAAAGAGGGCAAAAUUUGUAAAAUAUUGUGUCUGUGACUCCUUGUAAAAUAUUUUCAAAUUGUUUAUUACAGAGAAUCAGUUAUUAAAUAAUGUUCAUAUUUUUCACUUCA